ACGAGGAGCGUUUUUGGGGGCCGUUUAUCGGCUAAACCCUGUUCACUUUAGACAGCUUUGGAGGAUGGAUGGGCUUCUUUUUCACUCCCCCUUGUCGUUGGAUAGCGGGCCUAACGGUUUCCACUUUGUUCUGUCGUCGUCUUUUUUUCAUGCCGUGCCCACCCACCAGAACUCUGAGCAAAUCACUGCUGCUCUCCAUGCUGCUUUGUACUGCUACUUGUGCUACCAACUUGAUAGUGCUACGGGCAAAGGUACACGCACUUUGUAACUUCUGCUUUCACGCUCGUAUCAAUUGGGCAAAAAAAGAGGACGUGACCGAACCGCCCCGAGCAUGCGGGGCCGGAAACCCGGAGACCGGGGCCGGGGUUGCGACAACGCAGGCGGUGAGGCGGGACCAGGGGGGGUUCGAGUCGGGUCUCCAAGUUGGGCUGGCGAUGAAGCCAAGGCAUUGAGCAAUGGGUAGCAGCGGUGAGCAAAAGGCUGUCUGCUGUUGUCAAUGGUAUGACUACAUGUACGAGUACUGCGAGUACAGCAGUACGCUUUGUACAGCAUGGAUACCUGAAGGGCCAUCAUACGACGGCUGUGGGUAGGUAGGCUAGACUUGCUAGUCGUAGAAUGUAGUACUGAUGAAACAUCGAGUUUGAGGACAAGAGCUAGAAGGGAAUAAGACGAUCCAUGUUCAAUUGAA